CGUACAGUACGAUCGCCACGCGCAGCGCCCUCGCGCAGUCCGCUGCACGUCUGUCGUGAGGUGACAGUCCUGGAUUUCUCCGACCUGACGGUGUUUAUUUAUCCUGACAGUGUUUAUCCGACCUGACAGUCGUGUGUUUUCUGACCACAGGAGCUUUUUUUCCCCUUCCGAUAGCGCUUCCCAGGAUUGGUGCGUGUUGUUCCAGAAGCCAAAGACGUCGGACGUUGUUGUCGGACUUCACGAAGGACGAGGCAGGGCUACUCCGUGCUGGCCGAAUCCAACAGCUCCCAGGAGCAGAAUCCCCAUAGCUGAGCCAUGAUGGAGUACUACAACAUUCUGGGCAUUCCGAAAAACGCCUCUCCAGACGAAAUAAAGAAAGCGUACAGAAAACAGGCCUUGAAGUGGCAUCCUGAUAAAAACCCAGAUAACAAAGAAGAAGCUGAGAGGAGAUUUAAAGAGGUCUCGGAGGCUUAUGAAGUUCUCUCAGAUGAAAACAAACGCAACAUGUAUGACAGAUAUGGCAAAGAAGGCCUAACUGGAAAUGGUGGCAGAGGAAAUUAUGAGGACCAUUUCAAUGGUGGAUUCACAUUCCGUAAUCCUGAAGACGUCUUUAGGGAAUUCUUUGGGGGCAGAGAUCCAUUUGCAGAUUUCUUUGGAGAUGACCCCUUUGAUGAUUUCUUCGGUGGUGGGCGUCGGCAGAGGAGCGGGAGGAGUCAUAGCACCGCCCCUUUCUCUGCCCCCUUCUCACACGGCUUUGGGGGAUUCCCCCCGUUUGGUGGCUUCUCCGGAUUUGACUCAGGUUUCUCCUCUUUCGGGUCGAUGGGUGGAGGUGGCUUCACUUCCUUCUCCUCUUCCUCGUUUGGUGGUGGAGAGAGGAUGGGAAACUUCCGCUCAGUGUCCACCUCCACUAAAUUCAUCAAUGGCAGGAAGAUCACCACCAAACGCAUUGUGGAAAAUGGGCAGGAGCGUGUGGAGGUGGAGGAAGACGGCCAGCUGAAGUCUCUCACAGUCAAUGAUUGUCGUGAAUACAGUGCUUUAGGGGAGGAGCAGACUCGACAGAGGCGGAGCGCCCUGCCUGGCCCGACCUCCCGUUACCUUAGAAACAUUGUGGGAGAGGAUGCAGAGGAAAGAGGGCAUCAGGGUCUCAUAGUCAGAGGUCUCCUUGACAACAAAAGAAAGAACCUCUGGCUGAAGGAGUCCAAAAUGAAGCGGACCCCACACUCCCCGACUCUGAUUGGGUCCUGGUACUGAGGAUGUUCACCACUCAGCACUUUUUAGCCAUUUGAACAGCAAAUACUCACGACUCAGCAUCUUUUUGUGUCAGCAGUAAAUUCUGAUAAAUGCUACGACGUUUGUGCCCCUACACACACUCAUUCAUACAUAUUACCCCAUUAAUAUCAAAUGUGUCUGUAAUGCCAGUAAUUCUGCUUUCCUUAAUGAGCUGGUUGCCAUUAAUACACAGACUGCUAUACCAACUAGAAACACAUUUAUUUGAUUUUCUGAAAACUUCACUUCACAAGCCACCAGUCCUGAUGAAAGAUUAGUGGUUUAUGCACUCAGCCUGCACUGGGAGUCUAAAAGCCACAUUUUCAGAUUCAACUGUAGAAGCAACACUGACAUGUUUGCUCACGCUGACCUUUAACAGGGCCUGACUUGCAGACUUACUGGGAUCCUCAGCAAAAACGCCUAUGAAAAAAAAUGUCUUUGAUGUUAAUCUGAGAGGCAUUUAAUCUUUCCACGAGUUCAUAUUUUCCAAAACACACCAUGUCUAUUGUCACCACUGUAUGCAGGGCUUAGUAUGGCGUCUGACUGCCAAAAUAACACCAGUGAGACUUUCCCCUCUAAUAUAAUAGAUUUAAUCUAAUAGAUUUUCCCUCUAAUAUAACUGUAACAUGGGUGAGGCGGAUAAUGAGGUCGAACACACAUGCAAAGUAGCAGCGCCUUGGACUUGAGAACGAGCAGAAUCCAAAACAGGGGAAGACAUGGUGAAAAUGAUAAACAGGACAAUGUUUUACAGAUAAGAUAAACAGGACAAAUUACUCGUUUAAUAACAAACACCAGGAACAAACAAGAAGGAUAAGAGGUCAAUUCAGGGUGAGGGUGAGCACUGGAUGAAUAAGGGGACAAAAUAUUAAGGGGGAACCUACGGGAUAACAAGGAAGCAUAACAUAGACAAAUAGGGUAAAAAGCAAAGAAGGGGAGUACAAAGAACUGGGUUACUGAAGUAGGUCAACAAUGACCAAGACUAAAUUACAGGUAACAGAUAUACAAGGACAACCACACACUUGUAUGAGUUAACUAAGGGGAAAGAAACCUAAAGGGAGCAAAGCCACGAGGACAGAGAGUAGACUACGAUGUGGGAUGAUAGAUCAGGAAAGACACUUAGGAGAGUACACAAAAAUAACGUAUAGCAGACAGGAGAUCAGAAUCAACUUAACGAACAUGAACCGGGAAGGCAAUACCAACAAAGAAGGCAACAUAAACUAGAAUAUCGAGUAAGAACAUGUAGGAACCAAACCAAAGAUAACACUAACAGGAGAAUAACACUAGUAAACGGAGAGAGUAGCUUAACUUGGAACACCAAGAACGAGCACAGCGUAACCAUAAGCGAGGCAGAGUCAGAACAUCAAAAAUACAUAGAAAUGAAAUUAGAAAUGACCAACAACCCUAAGAUUCAGUCAAACGGUUUAAAUAUACAAAGAUAACAAGAUUAUAAACAAGAAGCAGGUGAAAGCAAUGAUGGGCGUUUAAAAUAAACGAGGGGGUGGAGAAAACGAAACUAAGGACUGGAACACACGGAAGAGAUCAUGAAGCCAGGGAAACAGGAGAAGCUCCGGUCCGCGAACAUGACAUUAACACCAGUGAGACUUUCCCCUUUAAUAUACCAGCAGUGAGACUUUCCCUCUAAUAUAACACCAGUGAAACUUUUCCCUUUAAUAUAACACCAGUGAGAUUUUCCCUCUAAUAUAACACCAGUGAGACUUUCCCCUCUAAUAUAACACCAGUGAGACUUUCCCAUCUAAUAUAACACCAGUGAGACUUUCCCCUCUAAUAUAACACCAGUGAAACUUUCCUUCUAAUAUACCAGCAGUGAGACUUUUCCCUCUAAUAUAACACCAGUGAAACUUUUCCCUUUAAUAUAACACCAGUGAGAUUUUCCCUCUAAUAUAACACCAGUGAAACUUUCCUUCUAAUAUACCAGCAGUGAGACUUUUCCCUCUAAUAUAACACCAGUGAGACUUUCCCCUCUAAUAUAACACCAGUGAGAUUUUCCCUCUAAUAUAACACCAGUGAAACUUUCCUUCUAAUAUACCAGCAGUGAGACUUUUCCCUCUAAUAUAACACCAGUGAAACUUUUCCCUUUAAUAUAACACCAGUGAGAUUUUCCCUCUAAUAUAACACCAGUGAAACUUUCCUUCUAAUAUACCAGCAGUGAGACUUUUCCCUCUAAUAUAACACCAGUGAAACUUUUCCCUUUAAUAUAACACCAGUGAGAUUUUCCCUCUAAUAUAACACCAGUGAAACUUUCCUUCUAAUAUACCAGCAGUGAGACUUUUCCCUCUAAUAUAACACCAGUGAGACUUUCCCCUCUAAUAUAACACCAGUGAGAUUUUCCCUCUAAUAUAACACCAGUGAAACUUUCCUUCUAAUAUACCAGCAGUGAGACUUUUCCCUCUAAUAUAACACCAGUGAAACUUUUCCUUUUAAUAUAACACCAGUGAGAUUUUCCCUCUAAUAUAACACCAGUGAAACUUUCCUUCUAAUAUACCAGCAGUGAGGCUUUUCCCUCUAAUAUAACACCAGUAAGACUUUUCCCUCUAAUAUAACACCAGUGAGACUUUCCCAUAAUGUGUUAUGAAUUGUCACAGACUGCAGGUUUUCCAGUGGAGUUAAAAUUAAUUUCUGUAAUCAGUGCCCCACUUUGGUGUGGACAUUUUCUUUGGAUCACUUAGAUGUCUGACAGAGGCAUCCAGACGUUUCCCAGCUCUCCUUGUGGACUCAUGAUGGACUCAUCAUGGACUCAUGAUGACAUGAAACUAGAUUUCUACAUCUUUAGGGGAAAGCUUCAAACAUACAGGAUGUGUUUUUCAGAUCUUUAUCUAUUCCAAAAUCAAUGCAUAAUUUUCCAUCAGUGCUCAAGUUGUUUAAAACUACAACUGCAUGAAUAUAGUUUAUCUGUUUUUUGUAAUGGUCAUCAGUUUGUGUGUAUGAUUUAUGUGUGUGAUCUGUGUGAUCUCUGCUCGUUCCCACACUGAAUGCAGAUGGCUGUGUGUGGCCAUCAGUGAAAAUGCUUUUAGUGAAAGUACAUUAAGUAGAUGGGAAACACUCCGAUUGUGUAGAUUAAGUAGAUGGGACACACUCAGAUUGUGUAGAUUAAGUAGAUGGGACACACUCAGAUUGUGUAGAUUAAGUAGAUGGGACACACUCAGAUUGUGUAGAUUAAGUAGAUGGGACACACUCAGAUUGUGUAGAUUAAGUAGAUGGGACACACUCAGAUUGUGUAGAUUAAGUAGAUGGGACACACUCAGAUUGUGUAGAUUAAGUAGAUGGGAAAGACUCCGAUUGUGUACAUUAAGUAGAUGGGACACACUCCGAUUGUGUACAUUAAGUAGAUGGGACACACUCCGAUUGUGUACAUUAAGUAGAUGGGAUACACUCACUGAUUCUUAGUUUUAGUAUCCCACACCUCCCCAAAAAAGAGGCUGUUUUUUUGGUUAUUUAUUAAUCAUGUGGAACAUAAUGCAUUAAUAAUAUGGAAAAAAAAUUGGGUUUCAAAUCUUUGCUUUAUUGUGACAAACAUUAUUGUGAAUAAGAGUAUUUAAACAAUCUUUUCUCUCAUGGCAGGGAAAGAAAACAAGUAUUUCCAUCAUCUAUGAGUAUUUGUUCUAAUAAGUACAUGCACAUGUAAGAUGACUUUAAUAUUAACUUUUAAGAUUUUUUGUGGCAUUGAAUCUGAGCCACAAGAGGAGAUCCUGAAAUCUAGCGCAUUAAAUUUGUUUCAUACAGAAGUGUGUCAUCUGAAGUACACCUGAUCUGUGAGCACUGGUAUCAGUGGCUGUGGGAGUUCAUGAACACGACAGAACCUGACCUAACGAAUGUGUCAGAACCUGACCUAACGAAUGUGACAAAACCUGAACUAAUGAACAUGACAGAAACUGACCUAAUGAACAUGACAGAACCUCACCUAACGAAUGUGACAAAACCUGACCUAACGAAUGUGUCAGAACCUGACCUAACGAAUGUGACAAAACCUGAACUAAUGAACAUGACAGAAACUGACCUAAUGAACAUGACAGAACCUCACCUAACGAAUGUGACAAAACCUGACCUAACGAAUGUGUCAGAACCUGACCUAAUGAACAUGACAGAACCUCACCUAACGAAUGUGACAAAACCUGAACUAAUGAACAUGACAGAACCUGACCUAACGAAUGUGACAAAACCUGACCUAACGAAUGUGACAAAACCUGAACUAAUGAACAUGACAAAACCUGACCUAACGAAUGUGACAAAACCUGAACUAAUGAACAUGACAGAACCUGACCUAACGAAUGUGACAGAACCUGACCUAAUGAACAUGACAGAACCUGACCUAACGAAUGUGACAGAACCUGACCUAAUGAACAUGACAGAACCUGACCUAACGAAUGUGACAGAACCUCAGCUAAUGAAUGUGACAAAACCUGAACUAACGAAUGUGACAAAACCUGACCUAAUGAACGUAACAGAACCUGACCUAAUGAAUGUGCCAGAACCUCACUUAACGAAUGUGACAAAGCGUGACCUAACGAAUGUGAUAAAAUCUGACUUAAUGAAUGCGACCUAACCUGACCUAACGAAGGUGACAGAACCUGACCUAAUAACUGAUGAUGGGGAGCGACCCCAACUGACUGAUGGACAAAGGGAACAUUCAGUAUAGGACAAGAAGAGAAAGGGAUGGAGGGAAGGAUAGAGAGGUGGGAGAGAGAUGGAGGCAGAAAAAGGAGAGGGUUUGAGUUGUAGCAGGCACUGACAUCAGCAGGUCUGGGAAAAGAAAAAAGAUCUGGAAGGAGGUAAGCAGGAGGGGCAAAAGGACAGAAAGAGAAAGCUGGAGAGAGAAGGGGAGAGAUGGAGAGAGAGAAAUAGAGGUAGAGAGAAAGAGACCACUGAAUUAUUUACCUUCCAAAGUGAGAGAACAAGUGGGCACCAGUGGUGCUGUGGUGCUGCAGGCCUGAACUUAACCACUCUAUCAAUAUUUCAGACAGCGCUCCAGCCUGAGCACGCGCCUCCCCCCAGGGCUUUUAUGACCGUGACACAUCAGGGCUCACUUUCAUUUUGUUUCUGAUCGUGCAAGACAUUCACCUUGCAUCUGAAAACUUCAAACAUUUCUCAUCUUGCAACUUUUUUUGGCAGACUCUCUGUCUGCCUCCACGCACAGGUUUCUCAUGGAACUUCCUCUUGUAAUGAUAUAAGUGCAUCAGUUACUCUCCAUGCAGCUCGGAAGUCUAUCAGAAGUCUCAGAAUCGCUACAGCAAUCAGAAUGGUUCUGUUAUUUUGUUCUGUACUUUUUCUGUAUUUGGGAAAACUGGUAUUUUUUGUGUGUGUUUCUUUGUUUUUUUUUUCCCUAAAAACACAUCAAUAAAUGUUCAGAAAUUCCUGCAUAAA